AUGAUAUCCAUAGGAAGCGUGGUAGGUAUGGGGCUUUUCUUAAGUACUGCAAAUUCCUUACGAGAAAGCGGACCUCUCGGAUUAUUAUUGAGCUAUGCAGUGAUGGGAACAAUGGUCUUUGGAGUCAUGGAUUCUCUAGGGGAGAUGGUUUCUCAUCUUCCCAUAGCGGGAGGACACAUCACACUGGCAAAACGGUUCGUGAACCCAUCUCUAUCAUUUGCAUUGGGCUGGAAUUUUUGGUACACUUGGUCAUUUGCGUUGGCAGCGGAACUGGCCGCCGCAGGGAUUUUGAUCAACUAUUGGAUUACAUCUGUCAAUAAUGCAGUAUGGAUCCUUGUGAUACUAGCAGCUGUCACUUGCAUAAAUUUUGCUCCAUCAAAGGUUUAUGGAGAUGAUAUUUUCAGGUUUGCGUCUAUCAAAGUGGUUACAAUAAUCACAUUGAUCAUUAUAGGAAUUGUGAUAGAUUUAGGAGGUGGGCCCACUCAUCACAAAAUCGGUUUUCGAUUUUGGAAAAAUCCCGGUCCAUUCGUACAGUUUCUUGAUAUAUCAGGAGUCAAGGGUCGUUUCUUGGGCUUCUGGCAAGCCUUGAUUCAAGCAGGGUUCUCUUGUGUAGGUACAGAGAUCACUGCAAUGACAGCAGGAGAAGCUAAGAACCCAAGAAAAACUCUACCAUCCGCUAUACGUAAAGUAGCUGUGAGGAUUUGGUUAUUUUACAUCUUGGGAACAUUUGUUAUUGGACUUGUUGUCUCAAGCGAUGAUCCUCGACUUAAUCUUAAUUCACAUAACGCUGCUAGUUCACCUUUUGUGAUUGCCAUACAAGAUUCUGGAAUAAAGGUACUGCCGUCGAUCAUCAAUGCUGCACUUUUGACUGCAGCAUGCUCGGCUGCUUCAAGUGACAUGUAUACUACUUCUCGCACAUUGCAUGGCCUAGCUCUAGCAGAGAACGCGCCUGCUGCCCUUAAGCAACUGAAUUCUCAGGGAAUUCCUUGGCUCUGCGUUCUGAUAUCUUCAGCCAUGGGACUCUUGAGCUUGAUGUCAGUAGGAGGUGGAGGUAUUGGGCAACUCUUCACUUGGCUAGCUACUAUGGUAUCUGUAACUGGACUACAAACCUGGGUUGGAAUCUUGAUUACAUAUCUGAGGUGGGAUUUGGGGGUCAGAGCGCAAUCCAUCGAUCGCUCAAUAUUUCCUUAUCAAUCUCGUCUGCGUCGAUGGGGUGCAUAUUACGUAUUAACUUUAUGCAUAAUGAUUUUGAUAUCUAAUCCUUUUACCGCAUUUAUCAAAGGACAAUGGUCAACAGCCACUCUUGUUACUGGAUACUUGCCUAUAGUCAUGUUUUUCACCCUAUAUUCAAGUAACAAAUUAUUUAAACAAACAAAAGGUCAAAGUAUUCAAUUAGUAAAACCAGCAGAUAUGGUAAGCAUGGCUUUUUUUACUCAUACAUAUAAUUUUUCAACUUGA